GGAGAAGAGAAUGGAUCAUAAAAUUCCCCACCGGGGGGAUCGCCCGCAUCCGCCCCCCUCCUCCUCCUUCCCCCCAAACCCUAGCGGCCCGAAUCCGGCCGUCGCCAUGGCGCCGUUCCGGCGCUGGGCGGACCUGCCGCCGGAUCUCCUCUGCCGCAUCGGCGACCGCCUCGACCUUAAGUGGUACGCCAGCGCGCGGGGCGCCUGCACGGCCUGGCGCUGCGCGCUCGCCCCGCCGGCCCCCGCGCUCCUCGUCGUCGCCGACGACGCCCGCUGGUGCCCCCACGCCGCCUCUCUGCCCACGCGGAGGUCCUUCGAGCUCACCGCCAUCGUCUCGGGCAGCCGCUGCGUCGGCUCCAGCAACGGCUGGCUCGCGCUCUCCGUCGCCCUCUUCACCGGCCAGACCGUCUUCGUGCUACUCAACCCCAUCGCCGCCGUCGAGAUCCUUCUCCCGCCCCUGAUCUACGAGAGCCGCUGGGUCUCCAAGGUCGUCUUCACCCCGAGACCCGCCAAGGACGACUUCGCCGCAGCCGCCAUCUGCGACAUCGACAGGAUCGCCUACGUCACCGCCGGGGCCAGGAGGUGGGCCGUCAUGGAACCCGUCCGCCUCACCAGCGGCGACCAGCUCACCGACGUCGUCUACACCGACAAAGGUAAGGUCUACUGCCUCACCAAGUGCGGGGACGUACACGUGCUCCGCCUCCCCGAGCGCCGCCGCCGCAAGCCCGCCAACGCCGACGAGGCGGGCCCCUCCGAGCCGGAGUUCUCUGUGCUCCAACCGCCCGCCGAACGCACCAUCAAUUUCCGCCCCCUGCGGUGCCAACAGCAGCGCAACUUUCGCAUGAUGCGCUACGAACAGGGUCGAAUAUGCAAUCAGCUGGAACCCAUCCCACUGAGGCUGACGCUCUGUGCGCAGGCAUUCAUCCCGUAUAAGAGAGUUCCACCUGAAUCUCAAGGCCCGCACCUCAACGCGCCGGCCACAGUUGAGCCCCUCCUGUCCGAGGCCAACCUCCCGUUCAACCCUGCCACUGUCUUUGCACCGCCUUAUGACACCGUGUCCGCGUUCACCAGUGCCAAGAACUUGGUGUUCUGUGAGGGUAAUCUGUACCAAGUCUGGAGGAACGCGAGCUGCACUGUUACUCUGCAGCUUCCUGCAGGGGGUCAGCGCCGAGUCGCGGAAAAUGAGAUAUUGGUUCUGAGGUACUAUCCCCGGCGCCAGCCUUGCUGGGAUGUGGUGAAGGACUUGGGAGGUUACUCACUCUUUGUGGGAAGGAACAAUGCAGUUUCGAUGUAUGCAGAGGGUGUGCCAGGACUAAGGGGCAACUGUGUAUACUGGAUUGGUGGGCGUGGCAGGGAUCAGGGCAUGGUCUUUGACAUGGAAUCCGGGAGGUCCGCUCCAUGCCGGGCUCCUCAGGUUGGCUUUUUACCUGGCCAUCCUCAUAGCACUAUCUGCUGGUACUUCUUGAGCGAUGUAGUGAGCAACAACAGCAGCUGCAUCAGCAGUAGCAGUAGCAGCAGCACCUCCACCAAUGGAGGAAGAAAGGUUUAUCAGACCCGAGCAAGAGCCCGGGCAGAUCUUGCACAAGACGUGGAAGAUUGAAGCGUUGCCACACUGAUUGGCAACAUAGUGAGCACCACCAAGCACCUUGGUGGGAAUCGAGUUUAUUGCCGGGCUCUGCAAACCGCUUGCGGUCUUGAGAGGCAGAGCUCCAUCUCAACGUGAAGCAAAAUCUGGCAGAGAAGCGAUGAGGACCAACAUCGUGUGUAGCUGUUAGUACAUUUUAAUUCCUGUUUCCUAUAAUAAUGUUCAGUUUGUUUGCUCUGUAGCCUCUGCGAUAUUUGUAUGUUCAUGUCAUGUAACCGAAUAAUUAUUGCCUUCUUUGUAUGCAUGAUGUUAUGUUGAAAUAAUUCAAAAUGGGAUUGUGUAGUA